AUUGUGCAUGUUUAAUUUGCCAUAACAGUUGCGUUCUUCAACAGAAAAAGAAGGUUGAAAAAUUUGCUGUUUGCAAAAAUGGCGCAAGAAACUGUUAAGGAGGAAAAAGUGAAGCAAAAGGACAACCAGGAAGAAGAGGUCUAUGGCAUUGAUAAGUGCUUCCGUAUCAAUUUCAAGUUAGGUUGCAUGAGAAUUGAUUUGAACCCAGUUGUGAGUUUUUUUUCAGCUGUAAUAAUAUGGGCGUUUGUUAUUUGGUGCAUAGUGGAUCCAAAGGGAUCCUUGAAGGAGAUGGGCAAAUGGAAGGACUGGAUAACAGGCACCUGGACCUGGUUUUACAUUGGAACCCAAGACGUCUGGGCGGUAUUCAUUCUAAUUCUUUACUUCUCGAAAUACUCCAACGUCAAACUUGGCAAGGACGACGAGAAGCCUGAAUACAAUGACGCAACGUAUUUUACGAUGUUGUUUGCCGCCGGCAUUGGCAUAGGGUUGUUCUACUUCGGUGUAGCUGAGCCAAUUUUCCACUAUGCACCUGGAAAAUAUGGUAACCGUUUUUGGAACAGGUACACUGACAACCAGCGUGCCCAAGACGCCAUAAACCUGACUUUUUUUCACUGGGGAAUCCACGGCUGGAUCGUUUAUGUCGUCAUCGGUCUCCUGCUCAGUUUCCUCAGCUACAGAAAGAAUCUUCCAAUGACGAUGCGCUCUUGCUUCUACCCACUGCUUGGUGACCGUGUCUUUGGAGUGCUGGGAGAUAUAAUUGACAUCCUGUCAGUUGUUGCAACUAUGUUUGGCGUUUGCACAAGUCUUGGUCUUGGCGCAAUUCAACUCAACUCCGGAUUCAGGCGCGUAAACAGCAAAAUCAGUAUCUCGACUGACAAUCAGAUAAUAACAAUCUGGGGAAUUACAGCCCUUGCCACAGCGUCUGUAAUCAGUGGCAUCAAGGUCGGCAUCAGAAGGUUGAGUGAGAUUUGUUUUGGGCUUGGUAUGAUAAUUUUGUUCAUUGUUUUCUUCCACGAAAAUACUUGGUACCUGCUGAAUCUGUACGUCCAAAGCAUUGGCUACUACUUGCAGUGGGUAAUUCAACUUGGGUUUCAUACAGAUGCAUUUGCGCAGUUGGACAAUGCACCCGAUAAUCUUGAAGCUCCAAAGUGGAUUGAUGGUUGGACCAUUUUUUAUUGGGGCUGGUGGAUCGCUUGGUCACCUUUCGUUGGAAUGUUUAUUGCAAAAAUUUCCCGUGGCCGCACAAUCAAAGAUUUCAUAACCUACACCCUCACCAUCCCAAUCUUGUACACUUUCCUUUGGCUGACAGUGUUUGGUGGAGCUGGUAUUAAGAUGGAAAGAGAUGCAGAAAAUGCAGGCCUCAACUGCACCAAUCCUGUAAGUGCAAGUGGCAAGCUAUUUAGGCUGUCUUGCAGAACAAAGGAGGACAUGUGGUUUGACCUGAUGCAAAAGUAUGGAGACCUGGGAACAUUCCUGUCAGUUUUGUCUUUGAUGGGAAUCAUUCUGUACUUCGUAACCAGCUCUGACAGUGGUUCUCUUGUCAUUGAUUGUCUGUCUGCAAAUGGCAAUAAAGAUCCACCAAUUAUCCAGCGUAUUUUCUGGGCCUUGACAGAAGGCGCGUGUGCUACUGCUCUGCUAAAGUCUGGAGGUCCAAACGCCCUGACAGCGUUGCAGACCGCAUCCAUUGCGUCAGGACUACCGUAUACCGUAAUGUUAAACUUCAUGUGCGUUGCACUCUGGCGAGCCGUCCGUGAAGACGCUGGUGACUACGACCCUAAAAACUCAGAGUUCACAAUGGGAAUAUUCGACAUUACAUCACUUGAUAGAAUCGGGAAAGCUGUGAUUUCCAUUUUCUGUCCAUGGUACUACAUGGGAAAGACUUCGGGCAAACUGCAUCGAAAACAUCCAGCCAUCUUUAUGGUGCUGUUUGCUAUAAUGUUCUACUUGUGGAUAAUUCUGAUGAUCUGUGAAGUCAAAGUUGAGGGAAUAUCCUAUAUUGGCUGGACCUUCUUCAUGAUGUUCGUUGCAUAUGGUGCAGGCAUAAGAAUCAACAUAAGAGACAAGUAUAAGAUCGAAGGAAACAUGGUCGAGGACUUUUUUGCAGUACUGAUCCUGUAUCCUUUGGCUGCUGUGCAAAUGUGGGAUCAAACUGAGAAAGGUGAGGUUCCAUACAGCAAUGGUGAUGCCAUCGAGUUGGGAACAAGAAAUGCUGCAGCCGCACCUGAAGACACUGCUGUCACAGAGCGCAACGGUUUUGAGCCCGUUGGACCCGAAAAAGUAGCUGUGUUUGAAGACAAGCCUCCUCCAAGCUAUGACAACACAGUGUUGUAACGAAAAAUAGUUAACCUGAAUUUACACUAAUUGGAUUUUUUAAGAAUUUUGUAACAUUUUCAUUUUUCUUUUAUCAUCUCAACAAACAUUUACAUUCGCAUAAAAAGUUUCGAGUUAUUACAUAUUUUAACUGUUUUUACUUUAAUCUAUUGUCAGCAAAUCAAUAAAGAAAAUGAUAGUUGCUGCUAUGUUUCACACUUGUGUGGGACUGUUUGAUGCUUGCUUACUUACCAAAAGAUUUAACAGCAUUUUUUUCAGAAUUCUUGCAAAUCUUGUUCAGUAUAUUGUAUCCAUAUUUUUCAAACUUUGUAAAUUAUCAUUCCUAGAGACCUUGCAUACACUAGAUGAUGAUUUUUUCUACGUUUGUAGUCUUAAGUUUUGAUACAUUUUCUUUAGUGUUGUUCUUAAAAUAUAACCAGCUUUGACUUAGUUGUCUUCAAGUAUAUUAAAUUUUGCUUAAAACGACAUUUGAACGUUUUAUAUUAACCAUUAAUCGCACCUAUUUACAUAAAAUUGCUUUUAAAAACUG